CUUCAUCAGACCUAGGAACCUUUCCACAUCCCACCUCCUACUCCUCUUUGUCCUCCCCACUCUCUCACAUCUCACAAUGGUCUCGUUUGUUUGCGAUACUUGCCAAGAAACGGUCAAAAAGCCAAAGUUGGAUCAGCACUUCGGCCGCUGCUCCUACGCCCAGUUCUCGUGCAUCGACUGCUCCGUCUCCUUCCAGGGCACCGAAUAUCGAUUCCAUACCUCCUGUAUCAGCGAGGCCGAGAAGUACCAGAAGGCAUUAUAUCGUGGUCCCAAGAAGGUACCGUUGCACCAUACCACCGCUCUUUAGUAUCAUGAAUGUUAAUUGGUUCUAGGCUAGCAGUUUAAAGAACUUGACGCCCUUAUACUUUGCUUGUGCUUUUGAUAUUGUAGGGUGGCCACCAAAACAACGGCCAAAUGAACAACCAGAAAAACAAGAACAGUGGCAGCAACAACAAGGGCGUACAGGCAGCAGCUCCAGCGGUGCCGAUACCGAUAACGAUGACAGCGGCGAAGGGUGAUGUUCCGAUGUCGAUCAUCGAAGAGAUGAAGCAGAAGAAGCGCAAGGCUGAGGAGCCUGCCGAGAACGAGAGCAUCACUAAAAAAGAGAAGAAGGAGAAGAAGGAGAAGAUAGAGAAGAAGGAGAAGAAGGAGGAGAAGGAGAAGAAGGAGAAGAAGGAGAAGAAGGAGAAGAAGGAGAAGAAGGAGAAGAAGGAGAAGAAGGAGAAGAAGGAGAA